GAUUGACCAAUGGACUGUGCUGGAGGACCGGAAGAAGGCUGGUCCUCCACCCAAUCAGAGCUUCCUCAUUGUCUGAAUGCGGAUGUUACAGUUUGAGCUUCUGAAGCUGCUCUUUCCAGCCCGGUUAAAGUGCUUCUGUUCUCUCUGAAUGAAGAUUGAGUGAAACCUCCUCCUCCGGCCAACAUCUAAUGUGAAAUGGAGAGGAUUGGAAAUCUCAAAGAUCUGACACAGUCAAUCAAUUAAUUGAGUCUCGAAACUCAUUGGCGUGGAAUCGAGUGAAAUGUCGAUCAGUUCUGUUUGCUGCCAAAGGUUUUGAACAUCAGACAGAAUGGAAAGGCACCAAGGCAUAUGCAUGAGGGUGAACUGACAGUGGAAAGAGAGUAGAAACAUUUCUUACUGUUCAUAACGGGGAGAGACUGCACAUGUGUUCUACCUCAUGGACAAGGCUCUAACUGGUCAUUCAACCUGAAAGGGCACAUGGAGAACCUCAAUAUGGAGCGGCCAUGGAAAUGUGCAGACUGUGGGAAAGGAUUCAGAUCCCCAUCUAAGCUGGAGAUUCAUUGUCGCAGCCACACUGGGGAGAGACCAUUCACCUGCUCCAUGUGUGGCAAGGGCUUCACUGAUUCAUCCAACCUGCAGAAACAUCAGCGACUUCACACAGGGGAGAGGCCGUUCAACUGCUCCGAGUGUGGAAAGGAAUUCACUUUGCUAUCCAAGCUGCUGACCCACCAGCGAGUUCACACCCGGGAGAAACCUUUCACUUGCUCGGAGUGUGGGAGAGGAUUCACUCAGUCAUCCAACCUGCUGAAACACCAACAGGUCCAUGCUGGGGACAAACCGUUCCCUUGCUCUGAGUGUGGGAAGGCGUUCACGCAGUUAUCUCACCUGCUGACACACCAGAGGGUUCACACUCGGGAGAGACCGUUCAUUUGUUCAGAGUGCAGGAAGGGAUUCACUCAGUCAUCCCACCUGCUGACCCACCAGCGGGUUCACACCAGGGAGAGGCCGUUCACUUGCUCUGUGUGCGGGAAGGGAUUCAGUGACUCAUCCAAUCUGCAGAAACACCAGCGAGUUCACACCGGGGAGAGGCCAUUUGUCUGCUUGGAGUGUGGGAAGGGAUUCACUCAGUUAUCCCACUUGCAGACGCAUCAGCGGGUUCACACCAAACAGAGACCAUUUACCUGCUCUGUGUGUAGGCAGAGGUUCACUGAUUCCUCCAACCUGGAGAUACACCAGCGAGAUCACAAGUAUAGCCUGAUGCUGUUUGAGCUUGGACGGCACCUUUCCAUUGAACUGAUCUGCAAAAGCCAGACAAUACUGGUGAAUGGUCGGGUGAUUGACGGAAGCUCUGGGCCAAUAGAAUCAGGGGACCGGACGUCCACGGACAAUCGCAGGCGGGGCGUGCCUGGCAUGGCGGCACGUGACCACCGCAGCCGGCGUCACCCCGGCGCAGAUUGUAAAUACAGGAGGAUUUGCAAGUCAAGCCAAGGUUCAGGCAAUUCGUCAGGACCCGAUUAUUUGAAUGUGGAACGUGAAAGGAAAAGAUUUAAAGUGGGAGGAUUCAAAGCGCAUUCUCUGAUGGAGCGGCUUGCCUCAUCAGGACCUGAAUGUCAUUGGCCUUUGGAUAUGGAAAGCAGUGAAGAGAAACCAUGGAAAUGUGGAGAUUGUGAGAAGGGCUUUGAUUACCCAUCUAAACUGGAAACACAUCGACGCAGUCACACGGGGGAGAGGCCAUUCACCUGCUCGGAAUGCAGGAAGGGAUUCCGUGAUUCCUCCUCCUUGCAGAAACACCGGCGUGUUCACACCGGAGAGAGGCCAUUCGCCUGCUCCAAAUGUGGGAAGGGAUUCACUCAGCUUGCCCACCUGCUGAAGCAUCAACGUGUUCACACCGAUCAGAGACCUUUUCAAUGCCUGGAAUGUGGGAAGUGCUUCAAACAUUCUGGUGACCUGAUGUCCCACCAACGGGUGCACACUGAUGAGCGGCCAUUCAGGUGCUCCGAGUGUGGGACUGGAUUCAGACAAUCAUCCGAUCUCACUGUACACCAGCGGGUUCACACUGGAGAGAGACCAUUCACCUGCCCUGUGUGUGGGAAAGGAUUCAUGACUUCAUCCGACCUACUGAGACACCAGCGGGUCCACACCGGGGAGAGACCAUUCACCUGCUCCGAAUGUGGGAAGGGGUUCACUCAGUCGUCCAACCUUCAGUCGCACCAGCAAGUUCACACUGAUGAGAAACUGUUCAGGUGCUCUCACUGCGGGUCUGGCUUCACAGGACUGUCUCAACUCCGUGUACACCAGCGAGUGCACACCAGGGAGAGGCCGUUCACCUGCCCUCAGUGUGGGAAAGGAUUCACCCAGUCAUGUAACCUGCUGAGACACCAGCGCGUUCACAACGGGGAGAGACCGUUCACUUGCACAGAGUGUGGGAAAGGAUUCACCCAGUCUUCCCACCUGCUGAUACACCAACGUGUUCACACGGAGGAGAGGCCAUUCAGGUGCUCGCACUGUGCUGCUGGCUUCAGGCGAUCAUCGCAACUCAUCGAACACCAGUAUAUUCACACUGGGGAGAAGCCAUUCACCUGCUCUGUGUGUGGGAAGGGAUUCACUCGGUCAUCCCAUCUGCUGACACACUUGCAAAUUCACAAGCAACUCCCCAUGUUGGAUUUCAUUGUUAAUCCAUUCCGAACUGAACUGUGUUCAUUGGAGACUGUUUCGGCUAAUAAACUGCAACCCAGUCAUUGAGAUCAUCCAGUCAGCUGCUUAACAUCACUUCCUCACUUUCACCAGCCACUGGACAGAAUUACUGCUAAUGUUCCUCCUUGCCUGAACCCUGAACCUUUCUCUCGCUUAGCUCCUCCCUCCAUUUGCCUCGCCUUUCCGUUUUGUCCACGUAGCUUGGGUGAUCAGUUUUGAAGUCUUGAACCAAGGGUGAGAGCAGGGGAGGGACUGAGAAAAUCGUGAAGCAAGCAGUGACCAUGAUUCUUCGACAGUUCAAGAGCAGGGUGGGUGGGCGAGAGCUGAAAGAAUCGUGAGACUUAAUGGUUUGGGGUUAUGAGAGCAGAUUGGGUGGGUUUGUGAAGUCUGGGACUACAAAUGGAGUUCAGAAUUCUGGCACUGGUAAACCUGUGUGUGUUUCGGAGAUGCCUGGUUGUGUGGUAAGGGCUAUCCGCGUGUAUGUCGGUCAUUGUGCAUCUGUGUGGGAGGGUGUGUGUUUGGAAAUUGGGGUCCCCUUUAAAAUAUUUAGAAUUUCUUCUGUAACAUGAGACUUUGAAGAAGUAAUGAAGAGGAUUGAUGAGGGCAGAGCGGUGCACAUGAUCUAUAUGGACUUCAGUAAAGUG